GAAAGCCCCUUGCACUAUCAUUCUGGACCGCUUGAUCUUUGAGCAGCAGAUGCAAUUUAUCCCUGUCCAUCUAUCAAAAUUAGUUCAGAAGCAUGGGUGGUAAUAGCUGGUGUUCUGAAUGACCAAAGAUGAUUGGUGUUCUUUUUCAAAUAAAACUUUUAUGCUUCAUUUGGAUCAAGAUUUUAUUUGAGAAGAGAAAAAAAAAAUCAAAUUUUAUUAUAUUUUAUCUCAUAUCAAGAAUGACAUUUGUUCAAAUAUUAUUACAAAUUAAGAACUUUUGCUGCAUUGUUCAAAUUUUCUUUUCCUUAUCAUAUUUCUAAAAUUUUCUGCAUUUUAAUCUUUGGCUGGCUUUUUGUUUUCUAAAGAGAGAAAAUAUGAUAUUAACUCCCAAAAAAAUAAAAAUAAGGGUACUUGUAAGUCUCCAAUCAUUGAGACUCCGUUUGGAACUUGGAAAAUAUUAGGGAAAUAAAAGGAAAAUAUCAAGGAAACCACAUUUUCAUAUUUGGUUAUUAAGGAAAAUGAGAAAGAAAAUGAAAUAUAUAUAUAUAUAUAUAUAUAUAUAUGUAUAUAUAUCCUAUUUAUGAACAAAAUUUAAAUUUUACACAUCAUUAAUAUUUAGUUUUUCUUAAUUUAAAUAAGUUUUUAUUUUUGAUAGUAUUUAAUAAAGAAGGAAAAUACAAAGGAAAAUGAAUUUCUUCCUUAUUUUUCUUUUCUUCCCUUUCCUAAAUCUUUUAUCCACCUAGCAAUGCAAAAUCAACACACUUUCAUUUCCAAAUUUUGGGGGACCUUUGCCUGAUCUGUGCAGCUGAUUUGUCACAUACCACAUCUAGAAUUUAAUAGCUCUUCAUAAUACUAGAAGAUCAUAUAGCAGAUACAGAUAAAAUUUGCCCAUGACCUUACUGACCGAAGCAGGAGAAGGGAGGAUGAGCUUAUUUAUUUCAAAGCAUGGGAUUCUUUCCCACUGUCUAUAUCCCAUUCCAGCCACCAAGAGAAAAGGAACAGAAAAACCAAAGAAUUCAACUACAUGAGAUCAGCCAUGGCUUCCAUAGCCAUUUCAGCCUCACUGCAAAGAGCUUGCAGGUCUCAUCAUGUCGUCAUGAAGCAGCUCUCUCAAGCAAAGCCUGCAUGCUCAUUCGGAACAAACCAGGCAGACCAUGCUGUGACUCUCCAUAUUGAUGGGCAAAAAGGUUUUGAUGUAGCAGAACAGCAAGGGAAAGCCACUGUACACAUCAAUCAAUCAGAAACAAAACCUUCUGUCACAAAAUUUAUGGAUGAGCGAGGGAAAAAUGGGACCUGGGAUCUAAGCAUGUUUGUUGAGGAUGGCAGGAUGAAUUGGGAUGGUGUAAUUGUUGCAGGUUACAGGCCUUCCCAAUCCAUUUUGAAAAUUAUAUUUGAUCAUUCUAUCAAAUGCAGCAUAGAAAGGCAAGGAGGAGAAAGUUUCUUGAACUGUGUCCAGAAGCAGCAACAAACCAAGAUCCAGUGCUCUUUAAGAGCUCUAUCAUACCAUGGUGGGCAUGGCUUAAGAGAUCCUAUCUCCCUGAGGCUGAGCUGCUAAAUGGUCGAGCUGCAAUGGUGGGGUUCUGCAUGGCAUACUUUGUGGAUGCCUUAACAGGACUCGAUGUUGUUGGGCAAGCAGGCAAUUACCUAUGCAAGGCAGGGCUCUUCUUGACAGUCACCGGCGUAGUCUUCUUCAGACAAACUGAAAAUUUUUUGAAGCUGCAAAAGCUGGCCGAUGACGCAAUGAAGCACGAUAGGCAAUGGCAAGCAUCAUGGCAGGAUCAAAAUGCAGGUAUUGGCACUUCUUACCAGAGGGGAAAUAAAGUCUAGCCAUGUUUCUGUACUGAAGUGUGAGCUUAUCCAUCUACCGAUACUGGAUAGAGCCAAAGCUACUUGCAGGCACUAAGUCCUAUCCGCAGAAGAAAAUCAUGUAGCUGUGGUAUUACCACAAGAUCAAACAACUUGUAAUCAAUGUUAGCUCAUACAAGGGGAAAAAUUUCACAUUUUCUCACAUGGGCAAGUAGGCAACAUAGAUUUGAAGCACAAAUAUUGUUAUUGUUGCAUUGGAAUACUAAAAGGGGAAAAGAAAAAGAACUUGGAACUUUUCAUGACUUGACAGGACCAUUUCAAUAGUUCUGGGAUCAUGAAAAUCAUUUCAUUCAUUCAUUCAUUCAUUCAUUGGCACAAGACUAAUUCAUGGUGACUACACAUUUGGGUC